CGCGUGUCCCCUCUGACUGCUCGUACCAUGUGUGUGGUGUUAUGUUGUGCUGCAGUAAACACUAUGAUCUGUUUUUAACUCGAAAGCUGAUCCUGUAGUGCAGUAGAUUCAAGAGCUGAUUUACACGAUAGACACUCAUAUAGGGCGAUUAAAUCACCAGCGACAUUAACUACAUGAUCAUCACACACCUGUACUAGACUGACUGGACAUGAUCAGUCGCCACUUUCUGCUCGCUAGAUCGAUAAAGCGCUUCUCAGGGCUGUUCACUGCAGGUGUCCACUCAGUAGUGAUCAAGUGUAGUGAGGUGCAGCGGGUCACCUCUCAGAGCCCGUGCAGUGUGAGUGUGAGGCGGGCAGUGUGUGCUGAGAGUCAGUCGAGCUCCAUGGAGGACAACAAUAACAACUCUGUGUCCCCGCAGACCGCCAGGCAACUCAAGGACACUACCAAGGCAGUCAAGAAGUUCAAAAAAGCAAAGAAAGAGCCAAAGAAAGCGACAGGCAAGAAGAAGCAGCAGCAGAAGGAGGCAGAAUGCGCCAGCAGCCUGAUGGCCGAGCUUCCCUUCGCAAACACCGAGGUCUGGAGAGAGCUGGGCUUCGCCAGCUCAGAAUCCAGCGAGAAGAAGAAGCGUAAGAGAGGAGACAGCAGUCGAGUGGAGAGUGAGGAAGAUGGCGAUAAAAAGAAGAAGAAGAAGGAGGCUGCUCGGCCAAACUACUUUGUCUCAGUGCCGAUCACCAAUCCUGAGAUCAAACAGGCGGUGCAGGACGUGCAGAAGCUGGUGCUGGAGAAGGACUCUCGUCUGUCACGAGCGCUGAUACCUGUGGACACCCUACACAUCACUCUACUGGUGGCUCACCUGAAGACACAAGAGCAGGUCGAUCUCGCUGCGUCUACUCUCUCAGCGCUGGAGGCUCCUCUGAACGCGCUGCUGGCGGGACGCCGGCUGAUCCUGCCCUUCUGUGGAGUCGGACACUUUAAACAGGAAGUGGUGUUUGUUCAGAUCACAGAAGGAGAGCAUCUGAACACACUCACGCUCAUGGCAGAGAGUGUGAGGAAGGCGUUUGAGGAGAGCGGCAUCGUUUCUGGAGAUGACAAAGCCUUCAAACCUCAUCUGACGUUCCUCAAACUCUCACGAGCUCCCAAACUACGCAAGCAGGGCGUUAAGAAGCUGGAUCCGGCGCUGUUCUCCGACUUCGAGAGCCGUGUGUUUGGAGACGAAUGCGUGUGUAGAGUGGACCUGUGCUCCAUGCUCAAGAAAAAGACCGAAGAUGGAUACUACCACUGCGAGAAGAGCGUCACGUUCAAUCUUCUGCAAAGCAGGCAGCGUGCUGCACGGACAAGUGUUACGAAAGCGGCGGUGCCGGACGAUGAGGAGUUAGUGAGUCUGAGUAAGCGGCUGGUCGAAGACGCCGUGUUGCGAGCCGUGCAGCAGUACAUGGAGGAAACCCAACAGAACGGCGCCGCGCCAAAAGACGAGGGUCCGCCAGGGUCCAAACUCAACAGCACCAAAUGACCCCGUGACCCCUGACCCGUCCCCUGACCCGUCCGCGACCUCACCUGCCAGCGAGCGUCACACCGCAGCAGAGAGGCGUUUGAGUAGAGAGAGCUGAAGUCACGAGUGAAGUGGAGUGUGCAGGAUCAGAUGCACACGGGACUCAAACACGUACCUUUCCCUCUCCCGUCUUUUACUGUUCAUUUGUGACGGAUCCUUCGGAGAGAGCAGCUGAACGAGUGCUCUAGUGUCAGUCUCAGAUCGUGACCUGCAGCCCAAUCCAAAGCCAGACACAUGAACUCUGCUCUGCCAUAUGAACAUGUCUGACCCGCCGUCACUGUCACAUGACGACGCUGUGUGUGUGUUGUUUGUGCCGCAGGGUGUGCGCGCGCUCAGAGCAGGAUGGAUUGGGAAAGAGAGCGCAGACGGACACAAGUGCAGGCCAUAAAGACGCUGUUAGCACAAGCAAACAUUCGAGCUAAGAUCCUGCAGGAGCUGAAGCUGUCCGCCGGAGGAAGUCCACACUGACACAACCGUCCCAAAGUAAAACACACACACACACACACACACACUCAGACCUUCACUGACGUACAAACCAGCCAAACAUCUCACACACUCUCUGAAGAGAGGCCGGCCUGAUUUUUAGGGGGACUUUAAGACCUACAGGAGUUUGAUGUCUACGAUGCUUCAGAUCAGCACACACUGUGGCCUUAGAGAAUCACACCUUCUUCUUAUUCUGCUGAAGAACAUUUUGUUUAGUUCACUGAUUCAUUUUUUUUCACCAGAACCUUAAAAUGUGUAUUUUUAUGCUCCUCGUCCACGUAUGAGAUGUUUCUUGAGUUGCCCGUGACGACGGAGGCUUGAUUUGUGUAAACUGUACUAUGAUGUCAUGGUUUAUCUUUUUGUUUCCCAUCUGUCACUUUUUUACUCUUAAAAAUAAAGGCGACUCGACAUGA